UGUUUUAUUCUCUGAUUUCAUAAUCAUACAUUAACAAAACAUAGAAACUGUUCCAAUAAAUGAAAACAUAGCCUAGGCAAUGGCCUUGUCCUCUGCUACCACUACAGUAUGCAUCAUUCCAUGUAACAACAUUCUUCCAACCAAAUUGAAAUUCUCAACUAACUUUGUUUUUACUGUAAAACUACCUCGGAGAUUAUGCAUCAGAAGCAGCUCUGCUGAAAACUCUGCAGGGACUACAGACUUUGAGUCAGAGAGUUCCAUCCAACUUCCAGAAGAAUCAUCUUCUUUAAUUUCUAUUCUCAACGUUGAAAGAGCUCUCCGUGGCAUACCUAUUACAGAUGUAGAUCAUUAUGGUAGACUCGGCAUUCCAAGAGGAUGUCCAUAUGAAAUGGUGCCAGUUGCGUAUAAUAACAAGGUUCGAGAAUUGGAGAGUCAAGGUUUAGAGGAAGACGUACUCAAGAACAAAUUGGAACUUCUCAGAGAAUCGUACACCAUCAUGUCAUCGCCGGAUGAAAGAAGAAUGUAUGACUGGAGUUUGGCAAGAGAAGGUAACACAGAAAAAUUCAUUUGGCCUUAUGAGGUUGAUGUUUCUGAGCUUCAAAAAGGAGAUCCUCCACCACAGGAACCUGAGGAUGUUGGACCAACCAGACUGGUUGGAUACUUCCUAAUUGGAUGGAUACUGCUGGCAAUUGUGUUAUCAAUUGGACUAAAUUUAUAGAAACAGGUGUAUAUGCAUCAAUGCAUAGAUCUUUUUUUCUUCCCUCUAAUUAAAACAAUUAUGUAUAAUGUACAAAAUGUUUUGAAUUCAAUGAAACUAUGUACCAAAAUUCAGCAUAUGCAAA